CAUCGCUGUCUUGUCUGAGCCGAAAGGGAAGAAACCAGAGAACAUGAUCUGGUGGGGUAGCUGCAGUUGCUAUGUGUGAAGGACUGCUGUGGCGCCAAUGGAGACCGAAGGCUAUCGCGACCUCCUGGAGACCAGUGACGGCCAGGGGGUAGGCCAGCUGGAAGGAGGGGGAGAGGCGGGUGUGGAGGAAGGCUGGAGCACGCCCUACCCUCUGGGAUUCCAGGUGUCUUUGACCACUGUGCUGAUGCUGGAGCUGGUGCUGGGCUUCAGCAGCAACCUUACCGUACUCGUGCUCUACUGUGCUCAGUCCAACCUGGUGGAUUCGGUCAGCAACCUGGUGACGGUCAACCUCCACGUGCUCGACAUAUUGGUCUGUGUCCUGUGUCUGCCGCUGACCGUGGCUGUGAUCCUGCUACCAGCUAGCGAAAGUGGAGUUAGCAGUCUGGCCACGCUUUGCUGCUUUCACGAGGCUUGUGUCACAUUCACCAGCGUGGCCACGGCAGUCAACGUGCUAGUCAUCAGUUUGGACCGAUACGACAUCUCAGUGCGUCCGGCCAGUCGUCUGCUCACCCCGAGGCGCGCCGCGCUGCUCUUGGCAGCAGUGUGGGCAGUGUCUCUGGCUGUUUUCUUCUUGCCCUUCCUCGAGGGGGAUUUUUUCUCUUCGAGAAUUGAUGAUGGCGAAGAUGAAGAGCCAGAAAGACAAAGCAAUGACUCUGAGCUCACCACCGGACUGACCCCUAUUUUUUCCUCCCUCGCUCCCUCCUUAUUACCUUCUGCUCAUCCCUCCUCCCCUUCACACCACCUGCCUCCGGCAUGGCAGAACAGGACACUGCUGUGUGUUGGAGGGCAGGGCUAUUACACAGGCCUGGCUAUGUAUUACCACUUGUUACUCCAAGUGCCCUGCUUCUUCAUUGCCGUUGCGGUCAUGCUGUUCACCUACUCCAGGAUCCUACAGGCCCUAAACAUCCGUAUCGGCUCUCACAUGAUGAGGAAUACGCGAGCGAAGGACUCCACCUGCAGGAUACGAUGCAGGAGGCGGAAGAAGAAAGACCUGAGCCUGCCCACGGAGAUAGUGUCCUCCAACCAGAACCAGAACCUCAGCCAUCCCCCUCUCAUCCCAUCUCCCACCCCGACACCAACAUCUCCACCACCGCUCUCCUCCAUGCCCCAGGGGAUGUCUGACAGUGGAGCAACAGUCACAACUGUCAGCACGGCUGCCACCACUCCCAUUGCGACCACACCAGCAACCCCGGCUUCUCCAACCCCGGCUUCGACGUCUGCUCCGACCCAGGCCACCACUCCUCUGCCUGCGUCCUCCAUGGGCGUGCAGGCUUCGGUUUCCGCUAUCAUCGCCUUGAGGCGGGCGGUGCGCCGGCACAGGGACCGUCGGGAACGGCAACGCCGCGUCCUGAAAAUGUCCCUCAUCAUCAUAUCCACCUUCUUGGGCUGCUGGGCCCCCCUGUCUGCGGUCAAUGUUCUGAUUCUGUGUAUGGGCCCGAGCGACGGCCUGGUGCGGCUGCGUCUGUGCUUUUUGGCGAUGGCUUAUGGGACCACGAUUUUCCACCCUCUGCUCUACGCUUUCACCAGGCAGAAACUGCGACGAGCCCUCAAAACACGGGUGAAAAAAAGGGUCGUGUCGCUUCUGCAGGUGGACCCAGCUCCGAGCGGGGGGACGGUUAUUCAUAACUCUUGGGUUGAGGGGGGAGGCCAGAGGAAAAACCGUAAGCCGCGUGUGGAGGCCAGCGACGGCACUGACCGGUGCCUCACGGAGGCAGUCAGGGAAUGAGGCUGGUCUUCUGACAGUGGCUGCAUAAUUCAGUGUGUGUGAAUUUGAAUAAUUGUAUGUAUCUCAACAAGUUGAUGGAGACGGGGUUUAAGUGUAUUCACGUGUCGCUGAGAGGAAAAAUGGAAAAAUGAGAACCAGUUAGUUUACAAAGGUCAGGACUAAUCCCGCGGCCUCUGGUUCCAUGUCGAUGCUGAGACAGGUGAGCCUCAAGCUCUAAUGAGAGCCAGCUUUCCAGCUUGUUACACAGACAGUUAAUAGUCGACGUUCUGACUGACACGGUAACCAGUGUGUCUCCAUGACAACACCAUAGCCAUGACUACUGAAAAUACUAGCGGGUACCCCAUGUGAUGGGUGAGGAAUAAAUAACUGCAAAAGCAUAUAGUACAGUAAUGCUCCUGCGUGCACUUUUCAACUUGCAUGUGCAUGUACAUAUGCACAGAUAGACACUUACGCAAACACUUAAUGCACACUGAUCAAUAUUUAUUCAUUAUCUGUGAAAGCACACCAAUAUCUACCUGCACUGAAGUACUCAGUGAGAAAAAUAUUAAUGGAAAUAAGUAUUUCUCAAUUUCCUUCCUUGUUUGUUUUCAUGCCUUAAUUAAGUUAUUAAUAUAUUAUCAUGGUGCUGAAUGUCCUGCUGUACGUUUACAAUAAUGCAUCAGCGUAGAGUGAAGCGUUUCCACAUCCUGUACACAACAUAGCCGUUUAAUGAUUGAUAAAUGCAAACAUUCAUUAUGAAAGUUUACAGAAUCAGGUUCAAUUUCUUGGAAACAGCAAAAAAAAAAACUGAUUCAGACUUCAUUUCCGAGAAGCACCAUGUUUUAGAUGAAUGUGGGCAACCUAAACCUAAAAGGCAUGAGUUUUUUUUUUUGUUUGUUUUUUGAAAAGAUGAACUUUAAUGGUCA